UCAAGAACAUCAAAAACUGCGCAGAGUUCCGAGUUCUCUGCGAGCCAGACGCGUUGGUUAAAGCGGUGACCGGGCAGCGGUACGCUCGAUUCCGCGCUAUUAAUCGACAGGUCGCCGUGUCAUUUUUUUUUUUGUUGUGGUGGCAACAGUCGGCCGUCGCGCCGAUUUGUUUUGGAGUUUGAUCCGCUACGGGGGCCCGUUCGAUCAAACGAUGCCGUGAUCUCGCCACUCUCUCUCCACUGCUGUGGCACCGAUGGCAGCCCUGCCGCUGAAAAUCUUCGGACAAGAACCGCUACCCGCUGAAACACGACUUCGAGACAACGACCCCGCUUACUCUCCGAGUUCGAGCCAUCGUCUACUUUGACAAAAACCCGUCUCAUCGGGACUGUGUCCGUGCCCGCCGCGCGGGAGCACAUUUCCGGCGAAUCGGACGCAGUGGUGGCACGGCGCACUUGAUAGACAAAAAAAAAAAAAAAUAAUAAUAAAAAAGAAAGGAGCGACCUGCGCGGUUUGCUGUGCCGGGGGCAAUUAGCAGUGGCCGUGCCGCGGUGGGCGGCCGUGACUCACCGCAGCGCGCUUUGACGCCGCUCUUUCGACGCCGCCGAAUGCACGCGAAUGGCAGUGUCUCGAGUGGUCACCAGUCAACGCUGGUGCCGCAGGCACGUGCCGUAUUUCGCCAUCGGAGUGGCCAUCCUGAGCGUGCAGAUCGUGCUCGGAUACCUGUUCUACCUCGCGCCGGCAUCGGAAUCGGACGCCGGACAUCUUCCAGCGGCUGUCCGGACGGGCGUCGGUCCGAGAGCGUCCGACUCUCAGCAGGCCAGCAUUGGGCGAGAACAAAGUGCUCAGUCAGAUGACGAAUACAACAACGAAGACGAGGACGGCUUACAGCAUCCACGGUCGGAAUCCCGCCGAAGCGGCAACCCACCAGCUUCAAACGACGUCAAUGGAUCGGAGGCCAUCAACUGGGUUCAGCUGGGGUUCCGACCCGAGUGCGACAUCGUCGAGAAGGAUGCCCUGUCUGCGAUUCGGCGUGCCACUACAAUCCGGUGCAAACAGGAGUUGGCAAAUGUGACCUGCCUCGUUCGCCGCGGCCUCUUAUACCCGAGUGAGCUACCACGGUUUUGUGACAGUUCGCCAGGACGAGUCAUCGGCGCACAUCUGGGCUGCUUCCGUGACGACCGCAAGUCGCGGAUCUUUGAGCGGCUAGCCUCGCGGACGCGCUCCAACUCUCGGCGACACUGCGUCGGCCUCUGCCUGCGUCUCGGAUUUCCCUGGGCCGGCCUUCAGUAUGGCUCCGAGUGCUUCUGCAGCAAGGAGAGGCCCGCAGCGAACCUCACGCUUCCGUCGCGCUACUGCGACAUGGUCUGCCCGGCCGACGAGAACGAGUUGUGCGGCGGCUACCUCGCCAUGGACGUCUUCUCGACGGGGCUGCCCACUGUCGGCGAAGUCACGAAACGGGAAAUCCUGUGGCCGCUGGCUCUGGCUAGUGCCAAGACACUGAAGCCGGCACGCAUCGCAUUCCUGCUUUCGGUCAACGGCCGCGCGGUUCGUCAGGUGCUACGUCUGUUGCAGUUCCUCUACCACGAGCGUCAUGUCUUCUACAUUCACGUUGAUGCCCGGCAAAACCACAUGUACCGGUCACUACUGGUGCUGGAGUCGAGGUACACCAACGUGCAUCUGGCGCGGGACCGCCUGGCCACCAUUUGGGGCGGCUCGAGCCUGCUCGAGAUGCUCUUGCGGGGCAUGGCCUACCUCCUGCGCGAGCACCCCGGCUGGGACUACUUUGUGAACCUAAGCGAGACCGACUACCCCGUCAAGUCUCGCAAGGAACUGGAAAUGUUCCUGGCCGCCAACAUGGGGUCCAACUUUGUCAAGUCUCACGGCCAAGAUACACAGAGGUUCAUCGGGAAGCAGGCGCUGGAGCGCACAUUCCACGAAUGCGGCGGGCGCAUGUGGCGCUUGGGGCCACGCACGCUGCCGUGGGGCCUGCGGCUUGACGGCGGCAGUGACUGGGUCGCACUGCACCGGGACUUCUGCUCCUACGUUGCGCUUCCCGAGCACGAGGACCCCCUGCUGCAGGGGCUCAAGGCGCUUUUCCGACACACCCUCCUGCCGGCUGAGUCGUUCUUCCACACAGUGCUGCAGAACAGCAUCUUCUGCGGCACAGUGGCCGACCAAAACCUGCGGCUAGUCAACUGGAAGCGGCGCCAGGGCUGCCAGUGCCAGCACCGUCACGUUGUCGACUGGUGCGGAUGCUCGCCCAACGUGUUCCGCACGGACGACUGGCCUCGCAUUCAGGCUACUCGCGACCGUCCUGUCUUCUUUGCCCGGAAGUUCGAGUCGUCGGUCAGCCGCAAAGUGCUAGACCAGGUGGACAUCUGGAUCGCAGAGUCGCGACCCCACCACUCGUCGGCCGGCCCUGCGGUUCCGCCCACUGGCUACUGGCAGAGCGAGUACGACCGUGGUGACGACGCGGCUGCAGCUGACGACAAGCUGACGGUCUACGAGAGUCUCGCAAGGCUUGCUGAUCGGCACAUCGGUUCAUUGUGUGCCGUCAGCCGCAACCGCAGCCUCCUAUCAAUUGAUGCCGUCCAUCUCUACUUUUUCGGAGACCAAUUUCAGGGCUUGCUGGUGUCGUACACAACUGGUGGCGACUCCUUCGAGGCGCACCUGGCACCAUUGGAGCGGUGGCAGCCAGGCAAUCAAGAAACGGCUGCGGCUCCGGCCCUGGCUCGGCUUCGAUUCAUCUCCGUGGGCACAGAGUACGACCCGAAAGAGCAGUUGGUCCGGGACUUUGCACGGAUUCUGGGACCCGACUCGUCGCCCGGUGUCCUCCACUCGUGGGGUGCCGGCCAAGCGGUCGCGGUCACCAUUGUCUGGGUGGAUCCGGCCAAGGUGGUCGCUGGAUCAUACGAGGUCCAGGUUGAGCCAGGGCCGCAGACGCUAUUCCACCGCCCCGAGUUCCGGAAGCCCCUUCGUCCCGGUGCCUGGACCGUGAUGCUGUUCCACCACUGGUCUCUCGUGGCCCAGAUGCGCUUCCUGGUCUCUCCAGUCGCAUAUCGCGACGGAAGGAAGCUGGUCUCAACGACAGUCGCAUCACAAGCCAACGGCGGCCCUCGGGGUCCGUACAUAGGGCACGAUCUGUCUCGAGUGGAAGAGCACUUAGGCUACUCGGUCGAGACGCGCCGCACCCUGCAGAUGCAGGCGGACGAGGAUGCAUCGCUCGUCGGACAAGACCUGGAAAGAUGGGUUGACGCCCUGAUGGCGCAGUUCUGGACGUUUCGCGUGGCAUGCUCCGCGCGUUAUGGGUCGUCAAGUCGAGCGUGCGAGUUGUUGACGCCGUGCAGGGAAAGCGGAUGGAGUUCGUACUGGCCGGACCCAACUGUCGAGGUUGUGGCUGGUACAUGAGGCUUCUAGAUGUUACUGCAGAGGGGCUAGUGCAAGCGUAGGACGACACGUUCUUUUUCUCUUGUUUUCGAUAUCGGUGAUUGCUGGCAGAGGUGGUUCGCAUUUUGAAAAAGCGAGAAAGGAAUAGUCAAACCUCUCUGUUUGGUGAUGAAGCAACUCUGUAAUGUUUCUCGCCGAUAUCAGCAUGUAAUGAACAUAUGCUUAUAACGAAUAUAAUGAAGGCAGUUUGGUGUCAGGUGUGACUUCGUCACAGGGAGGUUCAACUGUGCCAGUGUAGAUUGCUCUCGGUAGCUUGAGUCUAAAUGACGAGAGAAAACGAGAGAAAAAAAAAAGACGAGAAGACGAAGACGAGAGAGCAAACGCAGUUAGCAGUGGCUGGGCCCUGCUGUGCGGUCCACGGCCGGUAUGGGAAGCUACGCUGUCUAGACAUUACUGUAGACUAUCUAGAACAGAGGUCUGAAACGCAUUGUCCACGGUCUUGGUACAACUCGUGGAAUAUAUUUCUAUGCAGCCCUCGAGGCUCUGCACGGGGCACAAACCCCCUGAGCUGCCAAACAUCUGGCAAUUCUGUGUACUAUUUCCUGGAAGCAUGACAGCGUGGUCUGUUGAAGCUGCAUGCAGUUACGCAGCCCAGUAACCUGACUAGAGUUUUAAGAAACUCGACCUAUAUGCGGGCGUUGAACAGCGUGCUUGUUUUGUCGUGUCUGGGACACCGGAGUUUGCUUGGGAAAGGAUUUUGGUUUUCAUGAGGCAAAAGGAAAAGCCAGAUGAGGGAACUGCUACCACACUUAUUUACGUUAGCACUGAUGUAUUGCUUCAGUAGUUCCUUAUUAUUUGUUCUUUUGUUUUGCUUGCCUCGAUUCUAUUUAACCCAGCUGGUCGCUGGUAACACAUGGUUGGCUUUAGAGGAGGCAGAAGAAAAUUCACUGUAGGUUGCCCUCCUUUGUUGCUUCAUAUUGAAGAAGAAAAAAAUUAUCAUCAUAGUCUUCUCACAUGCCUCCACAAGCAGAGGAAUUGCCUAUUUCAGUCCGUCGCUUUUUUUUUUUUACCUCGUUGAGUCAAUGAGCAAAGCAACAGAUCAAGAACAUGCAGCUGGUCAGCAGAGACUUGCAGUGGCUGUGUGAUCAACAUCCCGGUGGUGCAGCCUUACCCGUUCUUUACAAAAUGCUUUCCGAGUUUGGUUCCUGCAAGCAGUCCGUGAUGCCAUGAAGAGGGAAUCGAUGGAGCUUUUGGUGAGCCGGCUGAAGUAUCUAGCUGGAGCUGUGACUUCACGCUACAUCGUUGUUAAGGCGGUCCUGUAAGCCAUCUAGCUUGCAGCUCAUUUUCUGUGGUGUCCCAAUAUUGCUGAUGCUAGCUGACAUUCUAAAUUAAAAAAAAAUAAUAAUCCAGUGAAGAUUGUGAGGGUCUAAUACCCAUGCAUGCAGGCGAGUGUAAUGCAGUUAAGUGUCUAGAACAUUAAGUUUCUUAAUGUCAUUAAAUUGAAAGUUUGCUGCUAAAUGCACUUUCUUUAAUGGUGUUAAAUGUCACAAUGAUGAUGGCUACAGAGAAUGUGGUAAGUUUGUUUGCUGAUCGUAAUAUAACUUCAAAAAUGAUUUAAAUUGCAAAAGUUGAACAAAUGCCACUUAAAACAUCUGUAGGCAUUUUUUGUGUAGACUUAUUUCAGGUCACUUCAAAAAUUAAUUCUCACGUGCGGGCAUAACUGUACCGUUGGGAGGACAAUUGACGGCCAAGCAAAUUGUGAGAAUGCACUACUCAGCAAGUGACAUUGGGCCUUAAUGCUAUUCUUGUGUCUAUCUGGCACUGCACAUAUGGCACUUAGCCGUUAAUGUCAUAUUUUGUGCCUUUAAGAAACCUACUACGACCUUAAAAUCUUCAUCUUGUCGAGCGCCAGAACACGUAGCAAGAAUCCUUGAGCUCGAACUUUGUGGUCAAGGUUGAAGAGGCUGGACAUUGGUUUAUCCUUGUGUUGGAAUAUAAGUUGCGAGUUCAAAAACAAGCAAACCGUCCCAUCAGACAGUGGAGAAAAACGCGAUGUCCGCAAGCGGCAGUGCGAGCGCGAUGGGAAAGAAGACUCCGUGGACGCGGAUGCAAGCAGCGUUGCACCGUGCCGUCACUGCUGUGCCGUGCUACGCCUCACCUUAAAGAGGCCCUUACCACCCAGGAAUGUAAAAAACGCGGGCGGCACCAUGCUGAAGCCACCUCGCUGCUGCUACGCGGCAAAGACAGCGGAGGUCUGUGUCGCUCAGUUGGAGUAAAUGCAGUGAUACAUGCGCCAGCACCACACCGAGUAGGCAUUUCACUAAUUACACACCCAUCAUAAGAAUGUUAAUCACAAUAACGUCGCGAAUCGUCUCCAAAGGAUGGAAGUGCUGCCGACUUUUCUCGAAGGUUUUAGCAUGAUAAGUGAUCUCAAAGCAAAAGAGUCACCAAAUUCCUAACUCUUGACACAUGGUUUGUUGAUACCUGGAGACUUCUACAGCUGACUUCUGUUAAUCUGGGCCGGUAUGACGUACGGAUUCCUUUUGCUCAAUUAUAUUCCUUUCUUAUCACCCACUGUUCGCGACCAGCCAAUCCUAGUGAUAAAGUGGGCAGAGUGGCAGUCGUAUCACAGACAGAGCAGAAUAGCUUUGGAAUAAAUUCAUUGCAUCAUCCUGAACUGAUAUGUGUUAUUUCGCUUUCCUACCAAUGUGAUCUUGCUCAGUGAUCCCAACAAAAAGUCGCAAAAGCUUGUAAGGAAGGGUGAGUUCAGGUUAAUUUGAUCUCAUAAUGCCGUAUCUUGCAGAUGUGUGCUUCUGUAAUAAUAGUUCUAAUAUUCUCUUUCUCUGCUUGGAUCUUGCUUUGGGAACACUUGUGCAACAUUUAGUGGCAACACAUUGUAGAAAGCCAACAGCUGUCAGCGCAUUAGGACACCAGUGUAACGAACGUUAAUACACUAAAUUAACAAUUACAAUAAGUGAAUUCAAAAUUUGCGAUUUAUUUUUUGGAGAUACCAGCGUGUGUGGUCAUAAUCCCUUUCAUGUAUCCCUUUCAGGUGCCACUUAAUCCUGCUCAUUGACAAUUUAAUGUCACCUCAUUUCUUGCUUGAAAAUCAUGAAAAUGUAUACAUAUACAGAACGGACUAAGAAUUUUUAAUUCGUCUGCAAGUUUUGUCAAGUUUACAGAAUACCUGGCCCUUGCGCCAUUAAACACCAUACAUCAUCAAGUUUACAGAAUGUGGACUUCAUGCGAGAACUCUCCGCAGGAACGUUGGAUAUUAGAACGGCAAUUAUUUCAUGUCUAGCAUACUUGGGACGUUGCUAUCCAGCCACUUGAAGAAUGCUCCUGGUCUAAUUCAGUGCGGAGAACAUAGAAAGAAAACCCACCAUGUGACGACAGAAUGACGCCAAGAGCAAACACCCAUCCAUCAUACCUUUCCAUUCAUUUCAGUAAAACACUUUACACAUACAUUCAAAGUUGCAGAACAGGUCAAAUCAGAAUUGUUUCAAGAUGUAUGCAACACAUUCUUAAAUGUUAUUUAUUUUCAUCACUGCCUAUCUGUGCACGAUUGUUCACACAGCUCCUGAAGGGUAUACAAAGAAGGUAUUUUCAUGUUGGGUCCGACUUGGUUAUAGUGAGGUUUUAUUGUACACACAGAAAUGAUCACAGAGCGGAGAAAUGAAAAGAGCUAGCUGGCAACUGCCACUAGGACGGGCACAAUGCCAUUCUGCUUUAGUAAGGAAAAAAAAUACAUAGAAAAGGAAAAAGACAGCAAGUAAAGAAUAGGAAACAGAUUACAGCAAUUUUUUCUAAAGUGCAACGGCUACUGUUUGCUUUGUCAACGUCGUCAGUCAGAUUGGUCAACGGCUAGCUAUCAGGCAGUCGAAAACCAAGCAAGCACAUGCUCUAGCUUCAUGGCUGGCACCAACACAGUGGCUUCAUCUUCACUGCGUGUGCUUAGCUGGCGUGCGAGUUGCACGCAGUCGAUCAAAUGUUGUUUCCUAGUCCCGCUGGAUUUUCAAGUUGCACCAAGUGUAGUGCAUGUUUGUUGUCCUUCCAUGUUAAUAUUUUCUUUUUUUAGUUUUCUUUUGUCUGAUAACACGUUGCAACAAAUCUAGCACCAUGCAAUACUCCCCCCGAUGGUUGCUGGCAUCUUGUAGUGACAGCGGCGGUGGUUUUAAACUAGACUUAACUGAUCACAACGGAUGUGGCCAGCCAGUUCAAUGUGAAGUUAAAGCAAUAAUACAGGCAGACAUAUUCAAAUGCAAUUAGACAUGAUGAAUCGGGCUAUUUCUUGCCGAGAAUUAGACUCCUCCUUCAUUGAGUUGUAUUGAUCAUGCCAUAUAUUUUUAAGCAGCAACUGAAAAGAAAAAAAAAAAGAAUCAGCAAUAGGGGGGGGGAUUUGGCCUUUACUUUUUUGUGAAAGGUUGUGCAGUCUAACACGGAAAGUUCAGACAGGCACAUUCAAAGAACCACUAAUGAGCUCUUCAUGUAGUGCAAGAGGUGCAGCAAAGCACAGACAUGGGGGUUCCAGACAUUAAUGUCACUGACCGACUUUUAACUCCCUCUCCUCUCUACUAAAACGCAGCGGUCUGGUUUCUGAGAGUGACACGUGUAUAAGAUCAUGACAACCAACCAGUUCAGCAAAAAAGUAGUGCAAAGUUGUGUGUAUUCAGGUCAGAGGAAAGAGCAACAGCUUAUCUGAGUUGCUGGCCGCAAGCUGCAACAAGUAGACCUUAGAAGAGCUUUGUGUCGCUUGCAAGCCAUAGUUUCGCCACUCCGGCCCAACAACCUGUGGCACAGAACUGCAGUAUGCUCUUCCAACGAGAAUUGGGUCAAAAUGUACACAUUUCACCAUCGCAGGGCUAAAGACAAUUAGUGUAGUUAACCUCUGAUAAACAAUACUCGUGACUGGCUUACUUGCUAUGAACUACGCUGCUGAGAAAUGCUUAUUUGUGGUAAAAGUACGGUUAGUUGCAGUGCUCGUCACUCAUGCUGACUUGCCAUGUGAACACGGCCUUGGCGUGGGCACAUCCGGGAUGUCAAUUUGCGAGUCAUGUCAGUUGCACACCAUAAAGUGCUUUUUAUUUGCAUACUGAAUGUUUUGAAUCUUUAUUCCUAUCCCAAGCACUAUUGGCAAAACUCACAAGCACUGAAAUUGGCGAAAUGAAAGAGCACCAUAUGUGUACCCCAAGCAAGGGGCGAUGUUGUUGAGAGGGUCAGUUAUUAUUUUCAAACUUUAGGAAAACUGAAAAGCAUGAAAGUGAGACCCUGGCAAAAAAUCAUUUAAUGUUGUCUUUUCAGAUUUGGUUCCAGCAUCAUCAACACUGGCGCUGUAAUGGAAGGCUUAGUGCAGUUGAAGUAAGCUCACCUGGCUCUUAGGUGCAGCACUGUCAUUGCAGUAAGCUGCCACCGUUAUGCGGUGCUCCACGUUGUUGUAGGUGUUCUUGCAAGUCAUUCAGCAAAGCACGUGUGUGUCAGACUUGAGGCGAAGCAAGAGACUUGAUACGUAAUGGGUUAAUCGCUGUAUAGACCUUGUAGGUUGUUCAUUUGUGCUCGUGUGACCUUGCAGUUGUGGUCAAGCCGCUGCUUGAAAGAUCUAUAGGUCUCUUUUCUUUCAGUAUGUGAAAGGAACAUCGAAACAAAUUUAUAAAGUCUAAUUCGAGUUAUUUCUCUCUUUAAAUAUAGACUCUGUCAAAUUAGAUCUCAUGUUGGUUCUUGGCUGAUAGUUCUUCAGUAGGCCUUAAUAUCUUGCCCGCUAGUUUAAGUUUAGGUUUCACUGCAAGUAAUGACCCUCAGUGUUACAAUUUGGUCACCGUCUCCGCAACGUCUUGCUUUGGAAUGAGGUGCACCUAAGUUGCCGUUUGAAUAUUCAACUCCUUUUCAUGAUGUGCCUUCAAAUCAUAUUGCAUGUCAUACAGCAAUUUCAGUCAGAACUCUUGUGAACUCUUGUGAGUUGCAGCAUAUGAAACAAAACAAAAAGAAGAAAGCUUUCUCAUUUUGCACGGAAUGCUGGGGGCAACAUUCUCCAGUGUAUGUGCUUGUGGCAAGUUUCCUGUGUUGUGUUAAGCGAUCCCAGAGGAAUGCAAACUCUUGCUGUCUAGUCUACCCUAGCAUUUCUUAAAAUAGCUUUUUGCUGUUUUUAGUAUCGCGAGUAGGUUCUAGCUCUUUUUUGACAAAACAAUUCGGUUUUGUCAAGUAAUUUUUUCUCGAGAGUGUGUGAUGCUUGUUCCCCUGGAGAUAUUGUGCCUUUGUAUUGUGUUUCAUGUUGCCUUUGUCAUGUCUUUGAUCCUGUUCCUUUCUUCCAUGUCCUCAAGUUCAUGUGUUCAACCUUUGCUGUGCUUAUGUGCAUAGUUGUGUUCUGCGUCGUACUAAUUUCAAGUAACGUGCAUAUCAAUUGUCCGAAGUUUUUACAAACCUGGGAAUGCCAGAACCCUCUAUAUUGCUUUUUUUUGUUAAAAACUGAUUUCUCAUAUUUCAUUGUUGGCUUUGUUAGGAGAAAAUCUGAGCUUUAUGUUCUAGCUGUUUCUUUUUAAAGUUCUCAUUCACGUUGUAGGUGUUUUUUUUUGUGUUGUUGUUGUGGAUUUGUGCACUAACAAACCUGUGGUGCUUUUCUAUGAAAUGAUGGUAUCGAAAUGCCUGAACUCUGUAAUAGUAUUGACUGUGCAUGCGUGUGCUUUCCGAAAGUACCAGAAUGCAUCUUUCAUGACGUCUAGGCACAGAGAUUGCUGCAGCUUUGUAAAGAGGCUGCAAACCAUUCCAGCUUAAGUCACGGACGAAGUCAUCCAAUCAUUUUUUAAUAGGCUUAAUAAUUAAGGCUUAACUAACUAAUCUGGCCCCUCAGUGCACUCAUCAUGGGAAACAAUCAAGCAGACUUUUCUGCACAAUGAACUGACUCUCCUGGAACCAUUGCAUAUCACAUGAAGCUUCGCUGUAAGCAGGCUUUACAUGCAUCGAAUUUUGGUAGCCUCAUGUACAUAGUGUUGUUUGUGUGUAACAUUUGUGUGCACGUAGUUGUGCCAUACUGUAAUCAUGUGAUGUAGAGUUAACCACCCACACGCUUCUGCGUACUUAGUUUAAUAGCUCGUUGCUUGUUUUCAGUACUAAGUGGUUUUUCUUAGUUUGUUGUUUCUAAAGGUGCCAUGCUUUACACAUGUUUUUUUUAUACAUAUCUAUAUAUAUAUAGCCAAGCUGUGAUGAAGUGUCACUAUAAGAAUUGUUCAUCACUUUGGACACAGGCUUCUGGGCCCUCCUAGAUAUGCCUGAAGCAAUACGUACCUCACUCAUCAAGGACACUGAUGUGGGGCUGCUUGCUUUGCAUUUGUCGCUGUAGUCUUCAGUUUCGUGAAGAUAUGUAGUCUUCAUCAGAUAAUAUGUAGUCUUCACCAUAGUCUU